CCGGAUGAACCGAUGAAUCCCCCUUUGUCACCGUUUGGCUGGAUUGCUGCUAAUCCCUUGUUCGCUCGGGCUCUUGCGCUUUCCCAGCUCUUCGGGAAAGCAUCGGUGUGUCUGGGUGAUAGAUCAACUGUCAAGUCUUCCAUCCUGUUUGGGUUCCCAGACCUGUCUCUCUCAAGAGCCACGGCGCAAGGAAACGGACGGAACCAUGGUUGACGGCUAUUCCACCUCGCAAGCGCGACCCCAAAAGGGUCAUGAUCCUGCCAAGGACCCGGUUCAGGAAGCCUUGAGACGGCAUAAGAACAGGGUUCCCCCGUCAACAAAGACACAACAAGUGCAGUGUUCUAUCCGGUUGAAGUGUUUUGGCGGUCUUGUUGCCGUCGGGAAUGCCCAGCUGUCUCCGACUUGGAUGAUAUGUCGCCGGCCCUUUCCAAUGUCAUAUCAAAUGUGGCUAGUGUCGAUUUGGGUGCCGAAACGGACGGUAGGUAGUUGUUUGGCUUUCAUGGAUCCGUUUCGUUGUUGUCGUCGUCCUCAAUUACACCAGGAAAUGGAUGUGAUUAUCGAGAAACAGACGACACUGACGCUGCGGGAAAGCAUGGAAAGACAGUCGCAACACCCCACUCCGGGCCUGAGCUGGGGCAUGCAUCGAGUCCUGACCCUGCACCACAAGUGCCGUAACGGUACAUGGGAAUCGCCAAGAGAUGCCACAUGCAACACCGAUUCGAGAUGCCUCCAGCACCCUGUCCACGGGCAGUUGUACCCCAACUUCCUAGCUCCUUCAAGCCACCUGGAGACAGUGCAUGUACCCUCCGGGCUAGGGGUACGCUAGGGCAGCACCCAGUGGAGCUGGACAAUCUGCUAC